AGGAGGAUACAGGACGUGUGUGUGUGUGUGUGUUUGUGUGUGUGCUUGUGUCAGCUUUGAGUUUUCUGGACGUGUUGGUGAACAGUGCAUGCAUAAGAUGCUCGCUUUGGUUGUUGUGUCGUUCUCUGUGCUGUCCUUCACCUCGGCCACUAAAGCAGGUCUGAGUGGGAAGGUUCUCCUGUUCCCCUAUGAGACAGAUUUCAGUUUUGUCAAGCUAUCUCCUCAGAAACCUCUUGCUCUCUCAGCAUUCACUCUGUGCAUGCGCAUCUCUACUGAGCUGCAGGACGAGCGACAGGUCAUCCUCUUUGCGUAUCGCAGCAACAGCACAGAUGAGCUCAACAUGUGGCGCGAGAAGGAUGGACGGAUCUCAUUCUACCUGGGCGGAGACGGUGCGCUUUUCCGCCUCACACCCCUCUCCAGCUUCCGCACUCACCUGUGUCUGACGUGGGACUCCAGCACCGGACUCGCCGCGUUCCAUGUGGACGGACGCCGCAGCACACGACAGAUCUACAGACCGGGCCACAAGAUCCGUCCACGUGGCACUGUGCUGCUCGGCCAGGACCCUGACACACAUCUGGGGGGCUUUGAGGUGACGCAGAGCUUCGUGGGUGAGAUGACGGAUGUGAACAUGUGGGACUUUGCGCUGUCACGCAUGCAAAUCAACGCUCUGUACGCCAACCUGAAACACAGAGUGCCACGUGGAAACGUGUUCGACUGGAGCACCGUGGAGUAUGAGAUCCACGGCAAUGUUGUGGUGGUGCAGGACGACUGACCACACACACAAACACACACACACACACACACACACACAAAACUCUAGCUCUAACACUAUAUCUUCUAAGCUCCAGUAUGUAAUGGGGUUGUGUAUUAUACUCAAACACACACACCGAUAAUAACAACAAUAAUGACAUUUACAAAAAUAAAGAUGUUAACACACACACACACACACACUUGACCAUUGUGAAUUGUACUGUGUAUUGUCAAAAUAUUAACAGAUAAAUAAUAAAAUUGUGCAAGUCUGAA